GAACAACGUAUGGCAAAGGUAUUAAUUGAAAAUAUGCGCAACGAAGAUGUGAGAGGAUCUACCUCUGCUAUAGAUGAUCAUAUAAAGCGGAAGCCUGAUGAGUCUCAUUCUCCGGAUAAUGAUGAAACGUUGACGAAAAGAACGAGAGUAGAAAUCGAAAGUCAAAAUACAACUAUUUAUGAUAAUGAUGAAAUAUCACCGCUAGUUAAUAUUAAAACAUUAACUUCGCCAAAGUCUUCUCCUGUCGAAUCUGAAGAAAUUAAAAAUAGAGACACAGAUGAUCUUAUUGGAUUCUUAAAAAAACGAGAAAUCACUGGUUGUGAUUUUGUCAAAAUGAACAAAGAAGGUUUCAAGGAAUGCAGUUUUGAAACAGGGCCAUCAAUGAGACUUGCGGAUGUUGCUAAGGAGCUUAACAACCAAAGUGGACCUGAAGCAUACCAAAUUCAACUUGUCUUCCUUUUGGCAGGAAGUGAUCAUUGA